CAUUCGUUUCUUUCAUCCCUCAUCAUAUAUUAGUGGCUGCCUCCGUUUUCCCAUAACUUUGUUUCCGCUCAUCUCUCUUUUUUUCUCUUUUUUUGAUGGCCGCCUCCUCUUGUAGCAAUCUUGACAAUUCCUACGUGCAAAACGCUUUUAGUUUCUCUUCGCAUCCUUUCAUGACAACCUCUUUCUCUGAUCUUCUUGCAUCCGGUGUCACCGACGAUGAAAACCCUUCCUCCACCUUCAACGGUGGCCUUGAUACCAAGCGUGGAGGUGGGUUGUCGUUGUCUGAUCGGAUUGCAGAGAGAACUGGCUCGGGUGUGCCUAAGUUUAAGUCGCUUCCUCCUCCUUCACUCCCUAUCUCUCCUCCUCCUGUAUCUCCUUCUUCUUACUUUGCUAUCCCUCCAGGGCUCAGCCCAGCUGAACUCUUGGACUCUCCUGUUUUGUUGAACGCUUCUAACGUUCUGCCAUCUCCGACCACUGGAACAUUUCCAGCUCAGGCUUUCGAUUGGAAAUCCAAUUCUGGAAACAACCAGCAAAACGUCAAACAGGAAGACAAUAACUACUCUGAUUUUUCUUUCCAAACCCAGCCAAGGUCUGCCACCUCUUUGUCAAGCUUGUUUCUAUCGUCAACCAACACAAUUCAAACGGCACAACAAGGUUGGAGUUUGCAAGACUCUGCAAAGCAAGACGAUUUUUCCUCAGCGAAGAGCAUGGUAAAACCUGAAUACACCCAGAUGCAGAGCUUUUCCCCUGAGAUUGCCAAUAUUCAAAGCAACAGCGGCUUCCAAUCAGAUUAUAGCAAUUACCAUCAGCAACCUCAGUCAAUUAGAGAGAGCAAAAGAUCAGAUGAUGGAUACAAUUGGAGGAAAUAUGGACAGAAACAAGUGAAGGGAAGCGAAAACCCAAGAAGUUAUUACAAGUGCACGUAUCCCAACUGCCCAACAAAGAAGAAGGUUGAGAGGUCUUUAGAUGGACAGAUAACUGAGAUAGUUUACAAGGGUAGUCAUAACCAUCCUAAACCUCAGUCCACUAGGAGAUCAUCAUCUUCAUCAUCUUCUAUUGCUAUUCAGACUUCAAGUGUUGCAAGCUCUGAGAUUCCGGAUCAUUCAUUUCCAACUCAUGGCAGUGGACAGAUGGAUUCUGUUGCAACACCAGAAAAUUCCUCCAUAUCAGUCGGGGAUGAUGAUUUUGAUCAGGGUUCCCAGAAGAGUAAAUCAGGAGGAGAUGAGAUUGAUGAAGACGAACCUGAGGCCAAAAGAUGGAGAAGUGAAGGUGAAAAUGAAGGAAUUUCAGCACCUGGCAGUAGAACUGUGAGGGAACCUAGAGUUGUAGUUCAAACAACCAGUGACAUUGAUAUUUUGGAUGAUGGAUACAGAUGGAGAAAAUAUGGGCAAAAAGUGGUCAAGGGAAAUCCAAAUCCAAGGAGCUACUACAAGUGCACACAUCCAGGAUGUCCAGUGAGAAAGCAUGUUGAGCGAGCAUCACAUGAUCAUAGGGCAGUGAUCACAACCUAUGAAGGGAAGCACAAUCAUGAUGUUCCGGCUGCUCGCGGCAGCGGCAGCCAUUCUGUCCAUAGAACGUUACCUGACAACAACAACAAUAAUGGUAACAACAAUGUGGCCAUGGCAAUAAGGCCAUCAGCUGUUAACAAUCACUACAAUUCCAUGGCCAACCCUCUUCGCAGUUCGAGUUCAUCGACAGCCUCCGAGGGGCAAUCACCCUUCACGCUGGAGAUGUUGCAAGGCACUGGAAACUUUGGAUUCUCUGGGUAUGGGAACUCCAUGGGGUCUUUCAUGAAUCAGCCACAACAUGUAAACAAUAUGUUUUCCAGAACCAAGGAGGAACCAAGAGAUGAAGCGUUCAUUGAGUCACUACUUUGUUGAAAUUUGCACGGAAAUUGAAGGUUUUGAGAGCAUAGAGGGGAUUAAAAACCACAAGAAUAAGGAGCUUAGGUUCAUUUAAUUAAUUGCAUUCUGUUUGUUGUAUAUUCCACAGUAUUGGUUUUGUAUAUUCAGUUGGAAUUGCUAUAGGAGCCAGUAAAAGUUACCAUACUAUUUUUUUGAUGUUUUGAGUCCGCUCUGCUUGCCUGGUAGUCCAGAACAGGAGAGCCUCAAAUCAUUUCUUUUUAUUUUUUUU